AUGGCUGGACAUGUCUGCGCCGGCCAGCCCUGGGAGGAAUCUCUGGAGGCUGCAGUGGUCAUGGAGGGCUUCCUGGAGGGGGUGGCACCAGGAACGCUGGUCUUCCUCCUCCUCCAGGCCAUGGACACGUGGGCUCAGAGGGCCUCCCAGGGCCUCCCUUACGGCCAGAGCCUGCAGAGGGCGCUCCACGGCCUCCGCCAAUGGGAAAUGCCGGAGCUGCGGGUCCCUGACAAGCUGUUCUUAAAAAGAAAAGGAGCCGCCCCUGGGGGGGCCGGGGAGCCUGGCUGGCGAGGCGGCGCUGCUCCUGCAGUGGGGGGGCCGGGUCCCCCAUCUCCUGACCAGCCCGGGACCCCGAGGAGGGAGAGCCAUCGCCCAGCGGCCAGGGGAAAGCGGGCCCUGAACCGUGAGCCUUGUGGAAGGGCCUGGGGGGGCUCUCUGGGAGAAGAGGAGGCCCGGCCUCGGCACCGCCGCUGCCCCACUCUUGGAGGAGACCCAGAGGGCAGGAGCCAGGCCCAGAGGGGACGGGGCGGGCAGGGCGACGUGCCUCAGAGCCUCUGCUGCUCCUUGCUGGGCCGCCGAGGCCGGGCAGAAACGCCAACUCUCCGGGCACCAGGAAGGGCCGGACGGAGCCCUCGGGAGGCCGUGGGAGGUGCCAAGUGCCUGGGCUUGGGGCUCCCUCUAUGGACGGCUCUCACCAGGCACAAACAAAAGCCCCUCAGCUGGCCCCAGGUGUGCCUGGCAAAUGUCACCGUCCCCUCUGGAUGGGGGAAAACCAGCCCCAUUUGGGGCGGACGAUCCCUUCCCCGGGAUCCUCACCGGCCAGAGAGGAGCCUGAGGCUGCUGGGCCGGCCUUUACACGCGCCCGUAACAGAUGCUGCCCGGCUCUGGGAAGAUGCGCUACAGGAGCCCGUCCCCUCCCUGGGCACAGCGGGCACGGCGUCCCUCCCCCCACAACCUCAGUUGUGCCAGCUUGCUCAGGGGAGGGUCCUCCCCAAACAGGCUCAAGUAGAGAAUAGGGAACCCCCCAACUCCUCUGGGAUCUGCUCUCACGGAGGACGCCGAUGCCCAGAGGGAGCCCCGUAUGCAGCCACAAAGCCGGCUGUCCCUUCUUCAGGGGCUGAGGACGCUGCUUCCCCUCUGGCUGAAAGGAAGGAAUCCGGGCAAGAAAAGGAAGGGGGCGAUGACCGGCCCAAACCGGACUUUCUGGACGGGGCACCCUCUGCUGGCUGGGCCUUUCCCCGGCCCCUCUACAGGCCCCUGUGGUCAGAGCUGAGCUUGUUCAUCCGUGAUUCGGGAGGCCGCCCGCAGUCCUCAGCCGCCUCCCUGCCGCCAUUUUCCUCCAGCCAGGCUGUCCACUCUGAGCUUGGUCUCUUCCAUGAGGGGUUCCUGAGCCUCCCUGAGCUUUGCCUGGAGCUCCCUCCUCCCAGGGAGGCCAACCCUUCCUCGUGCCGCUGCCACCCUCUUUGCCCCUCUCUCUCCUGGCAGCGCUGGGCAGGUCCUGGCUCCCGAGGGGGGCCUUUGGCCUCCUCUUGGCGAGCAGCCUUCAAUGCUCCUUCCCAGCCCAGAGGACAGCCCUUCUCCUCCGUUGUGUCCAAUGGCUGCCUUUCCUUGUCUGCAGUCCUGCGCUCCCCCACUGCGCAGCCCGGGGCUGGGGGCUCCCUUCGUCUGGCCCCCCUCCUGAGCCUGCCCCAGAAGCUCCCUCACCCCAGUGUGUGGAGGUCGCUGGGCAGUGCUGGGCCUGUGGCCUUGGUGAUGCUGGGAGCAGGGGAGGGGCCUGGAAGCCCCGAGCUAGAGAGGAGCCUUCUGGGCACCCCAGGCUGCAGGGGCAGAAAUGCCAAGGCCUGGCCCCGGGCGGCCUUCUGGGAGAGCUCGGCUCCACAGGGUGGGCUGCCCCGGAAGGGCUGCCGUUGCAGGGUGUCACCCCAUGACCUCGGGGGCUGGAACUGUCGAGAACCCAGAAUGAUCACUGUGGAAGGCCAGUUGGAAGGCAGUUGGAGUCCGUUAGAGUCCGUUAACUCUGGUGAGAGCUUGAAUAGGCCUUGCCUUCCACUGGGCGUGGGUGUGGAGAGGCACCCAACCUCUAGAAGGCCCCUGAGGGGCGGCGGGGGCUGGGGGCCCCUUCCUUUCCUCUGUGGCCCUCUUCUGCAUGGCAGCCCCACAGAUGGACCCUCUCCAGCCAUGACCUCGACUUCUGCAAUGGAGCAGUUGAACCCAGAAUUUGAUUCUCAAGACUUUCGCACUCCUUCUUGGAUAGCCCCCCUCUGCAAUAGAGAAGGCUUUCGAUCCUUCCUCUGCAGCCUUGCCAAUCUGCUUGUUAUUGGGGAAGCAGUGGCCCUCCUGGAGCCUCCAGGAUUAUUCCAGUUCCUCAAAAUGGUCCUGGCUUCACGCUCUGGUUCUGAAGACAUGAUCAGCUGCUUAGUGGCCUCAUCGAAGGGAGCCGAGAGGCUAAAAUUGGAGCCCAGAGAGAUGUUUCUCUUUCCCCGUCGUUUUUUAAGUUGUCCAAAUUCUCCUUUCCAACUCUCCCCCUUCCUUCUGUCUCUCUUACCCUCGGGAAAGGAAGUGCUCUCCAUUUCCACUGCUUUGCAUAAGCAACGGAGCAGUCUGGACAAUACUCUUACUUUACACAAGAUGCUGAUGUGUCAUGGCCGUGUUGGUGGCUCCAUGGGAUCUCAAGCUCUCUUAGCUGCAUUAGCCUGCAUGCUUGAUCCUCAAACUGCCCAAGAGGCUCAUGAUCUUCUCGAGUACCAUUCCCAUCCAUGCCAGUGUUCUAGGAGCUGGGCAGCCUCUGUGAAGGAGGUGCUCGUGGGACAGGCUUCUUCCUGUACAGAUUUCCCAUUUCUGAAACAAAACAAAGCCAAGACAAGACUCCAAAGCUGUCGGGCCAUGCCCGACUCUGCUCUGCUUCUCUCCCCAGAGGCCGUGCGAUUUGCCCGAAGCAGCAGCACUGAGGCACAGCUAAGUUCAGCUUCACGGACACCAUUGCCUUCCUCUCAGCCUUUCGGACUCUCCUUCUCUCUCAAGCCAAAAAGGAAAGGCCAUGGUGGGCCCACAGACCCGAACACCCGGGAGGGAGGCCUGUGGGCAAAAAGCAGCCACAGAAAAGAGCCGCCCGUCUCGCCCAGUGUCCCUCCUUGGCGGUCUCAGCGGCUGAGGCUGGAGCCAGUUCAACGUGGCUGGCACUCUCCUAGCCACCUCUCCCUGAGCCUGGUGUGCAGCCUCACCGUGGAAAGACUUUGGCUGGAUCACAUGGGACUGGCUUUAUCUCAUGGGUGUUCUUUCUCUUUUCCCUCAGGAUGCGGGGAAACAACUUACGAUCACAGGAACACGUUCACCUUCUCCUGGGAUGGAUCUCUGCGCCACAGACUUCUGAAUUCAAAUAUCAAGCUCAGCCAUGUAGAAAAAUUGGGGAACAAUCCGGCCUCCAAAGGUUUCCUGACAUUCGAUGCUUCCAGUGACUUGGGGCCACAGGCGUCCCUUUCAGUCCAGCUAGAGUCAAAGAAGAAGCUGCACGUGUACAUCAAAGAAAUCAAAGGCAACAGUCAGUUCACGGCUUCUUCCUUCCAUGCUAAGAGCACAUGUGACCUGUCCUACCAGAGGGAUGUGAGCACAGGCCAGAUCAGUGGAGAGUCCAAUCUCAGCCUGGACUCCUCCUUCUUGCAGGCCACCAACCAAGUGACGGGAAGGUUCGGGGAUGGAAGUCUCUCCGUCACAUCCGCCUCCAGCCUCCAAGAGGGGGCUCUGAAAAACGUCGCUUCCCUGACGCUUGAAAACGGCCAAGUGACUGUGAAGUCGGACACCACCGGCAAGUCCUCCGACCUCUCCGCCCUGCACAAGUUGGACGUGACCCUGACCUGGCGCGGCGCUCUGCUCCGAUCCGAGCAUCAGGCCGACUUCCAGACCCUGAAGGUCUUCGGCCUCCUCUCGGGCUCCCUCGACUCCCGCGGCCUUGAAUUGAAUGCCGACCUCCUGGGCACAGACAGAAGCAGCAGUGGAGCUCACAAGGCCACCCUGAGGAUUGGACGAGACGGCCUGCUAACCAGCGCCACCACCAACCUCAAGGUCCUUCCGCUGAUGCUCGAGCAUGAGCUGAAUGCUGCCCUGGGGCCUCUGGGCUCCUCCUGGAAGCUGAUGACGAACGCCCGCUAUCAGGAGAACGGCGCCAAGUUCAGCGUGGAUGGCAAGCUGGCCCUCACGGAGGUAGCCCUGGGGAGCGUGUGCCAGGCUGCGCUGUGGGGCACGGACAGCAAAAACGUCUUCGCCUUCCGGGUGAACAAAGACGGCCUGACGCUGUCCAACGACAUGAUGGGCUCCUACAAGGACGCCAAGCUGGAGCAGGCGAAUAGCCUGGCCAUUGGCGGCUUGUCCUUGGAUUUCACCUCCAAAGUGGACGGUGUGCUGAGCCCAGACAAGCUCUAUCAGCACGGCUUCAGUGUCCAGCUUCAGCCUUACUCCCUCUUAGCCUCUUUGAACCACAACCUGAAGUACGACGCCCUGGACGUGGCCAGCGCGGGGAAGCUGAGGCUGGAGCCCCUCAAGCUAAGCCUGGGGGGCAACGUGAAAGGCACCUACGGAAGUGGAGAAUUCAAGCACGUCUACAGCAUCACCUACGCUGACUUGUCUGCAAGUUACAAAACGGACACCAUAGGCAAGGCGGGGGACUCGGAGCUGACCCACCGCGUCAGUGCCGACCUCGCCGGGCUGGCCUCUUCCGUUGACAUCAACACCGCCUACCACUCGGAGUCCCUGCACUUCAACAACGUCUUCCAUGCCUUGAUGGAGCCGUUCAAGUUGGCCGUGGAUGCUCACACCACGGGCAAUGGGCGCCUGAUCCUCCACGGAGAGCACACGGGCCAGCUGUACAGCAAACUCCUGUUGAAAGCAGAGCCUCUGGCCUUCACCUUUGCCCACGAUUAUAAAGCAUCUUCGGGCCACCAGCUCCGAUCCAGGAGGAGCCUCGACACUUCGCUCGAUCACAGAGUCGCUGCCCUGUUCACGCCCGCCGAGCAGUCUAGCUCCUGGAAGCUCAAGGCCCUGGCCAACAACAACGGGUACAACCACGACCUCCAGACUUACAACACCGAUGAGAGGGUGGGAGUGGAGCUCAGGGCCGGGGCUACCGUCGACCUCGCCGUCCUCGACUCGCCCGUCCAGCUGCCAUAUGUGUUCAGUGAACCCGUUAAUGUCAUCGAUGCCCUCGGCUUGAGGACUGCUGUUGCCGAGCCUCAGGAAUUCGGUCUCGCCGGCUCCGUGAAGUACGACAAGAACCUGGACGUCCAUGUCGUCGACCUUCCGUUCUUGGAGAGCCUGCCUGCUUAUUUCGAGAAGGCGCGAGGGGCCCUUCUGGCCAGCCUCCAGGCCCUACAGCGGUACUUAAAGAGCAUCGACGUGGACCGGCACGUGAAGCGUCUCCGAGCGGCGUUAGACAGGCUCCCCCAGCUGGUGACCGACCAGCUGAGCAAGCUGAAUCUGGAAGGACAAGUUGUAAAUGUGAAGGAGAGCUUGAUUGCUUUUCUAGAAAAUUCUAAGUUUACAAUCGAUGAUCUGCAGAUCUCUUUAGAUAAUGCCAAAAUCAGCCUUAAUGAAUUCUCCUCUCAGUUGCAGACUAACUUGAUACAAUUUGAUCAGUAUAUUAAAGAUAAUUAUGACUUGCAUAAAUUAAAAGAAUCAAUCACCAAACUAAUCAACCACAUAGUUGACACAUUAAAGUCUGUUGAUGAACGGUAUCAGAUCCGCGUGCUUGUGAUGAAAGCAGUCCGAGGCGUUUAUGUCUUUGUCGAAAAGCUCGAUGUCAGUAAAAUGGGCGGCAGGGCUGUGGUCUGGAUUCAGAAGGUAGAUUCUCAGUACCAGAUUCGAGCUAAGAUCCUGGAGAAGCUGCAGCAGCUGAGCCGCCAGAUUCAGGCUGUUGACCUCCAGGGCUGGGCUAAUGGGCUAAAAAGACAAAUCGAGGACAUCGACGUCAGGGUGUAUCUAGAAUUCCUCAGGACUUCUUUGCCCAUCCAAGAAAUAAAGAAUGUUGUUGAGCACAUAACCGUUCUUGUCGUGAAUCUUUUAGAAGAUUUCGGAGUGGCCGAGAAGGUCGGUGUUCUCCAAGCUAAAAUACAUGAGCUCGCUAGUAGAUAUGAGGUAUCCAAGCGGGUCCAGGUCUUGAUGGAUAAACUGGUCCAGUUGGCCAACCAGCACAAGCUGAAAGAAGCCAUUCGGGGACUGGCCAACUCCCUGAAAAAAAUCGAAAUGAAAGCCCAUUUCGAGAAACUGUGCUUACUUGUCGAUGAGGCCGUUAAGAAGACCCAGACGGUCAAAUUCGGGCAGCUGAUCGACGAAGUGAACAAAUUCCUGGACCUGUUGGUAAAGACGUUGCGGUCUUUUGAUUACAAUCAGUUUGUGGACGAAGCCAACAAGACAAUCCGUGAGCUGAUCCAGAGCAUCAAUGAGGAAAUCCGGGCUCUGGAGCUUCCCCAGAAAGUGGAAGCUGCCAGACGGUACGUGGCAGAGGUCAGAGCUGUGCUCUCUGACUAUGCGGAGAAGAUCCAGGACACCGAGCUCACGGUGAUCACCGACUGGUUCUGGAACGUCCUGGGCUCGACUUUUGUAGUCGACAUCAGAGGGAGAUUUCUGGAAGUCCUCGAGGACACACGAGACCGUCUCUACCAAAUGGACGUCCAGAAGGAAAUCCAGCAGCGCUUGCAGACUCUCAGCCAGGUGUAUGACACCCUCGUCAACUACGUCCGGGACUGGUGGCAGCUGAUUGCCAAGGAGAUAACUGACUUCGCUGAGCAGUACAACAUCAGAGACUGGGCCGAGAACCUGAAAAGCCUGGUCGAGCGCGGCUUUACUGUCCCCGAGAUCAGGACAGCCCUCGGCACCCUGCCUGCCUUCGAAGUCAGUCUCCGAGCCUUACAAGAGGCCACCUUUCAGACUCCCGAUUUCAUUGUUCCCCUGACGGACUUACGGAUCCCUUCUGUUCAGAUCAACAUGAAGAAACUCAAAGAAGUCAGGGUUCCGUCCAAGUUUACCACCCCAGAGUUUACCAUCCUCAACACUUUCAUGGUUCCUUCCUUUACCAUUGACCUCAUAGAAAUAAAGCUCAAGCUCAUCAGGACCAUCGACCAGAUGGUGUCCAGUGAAUUCCGGUGGCCCCUGCCCGAGCUAUCUCUGCAGGACUUGAAGGUGAAGGACACGUUCCUUGCCUACCUCACCCUCCCUGACUUCCAUUUCCCAGAGCUGACUGUCCCGGAAAUUCUGAUUCCCAAGCUGAGCCUAAGUGAAUUUCAGGUUCCUGAUCUCCAGAUCCCGGAAUUUCAGCUUCCCCGUAUCCCCCAAACAGUCGUAGUCCCGACCUUUGGCAAAAUGUCUGCCAUCUUAAAAAUCACUUCUCCCUUCUUCACCCUGGACGCGAGUGGGGGCGUCGAGAACACGACGGCCUCCAAAAGCAGCCCGGAGAUGGUGGCCUCCGUGACCGCAGAAGGACGAUCCACUCUGGACUUCCUGGACUUCACUUUUCAAGCUGACGCACACCUUUCAGCCCCCGCAGUGGAGAGGAUGGAUGUGAGGGAAUCCCUAAAGUUCUCCAGCAAGUACCUGAAGGCAGAUCACGAGGGCUCGGUGCUGUUCUUGGCAGCCUCCGUCCUUGGCACGGCAAACACGGUGGCCACUGUCUACACCGACAAGAACACGGUGGAACUGAGUAACAACCUGACUCUCAAGCUGCACAAGCAAGUGGCCUUUGAGAGUGACACAAAGUAUUCCCACAAGCUGAACCUUCCUCAAAUGGACUUCUCCAGUCAGACAGACCUGCGCCACGAGCUGGCGAUGCUCCUGGAAGCAGGGCACGUGGCAGUGACUUCCACCGGAAAAGGGUCUUGGAAAUGGGCUUUCCCCCGCUUCUCCGAUGAGGGCACACAUGAGUCCCAACUCAGGUUCACCGUGGAAGGCCCAAUGGCUUCCCUGGCCGUGGCCAAUAAGAUUAACAGCAAACAUGUGAAAGUGAACCAGAAGUUGGCCUCCGAAUCCGGCUUCCUCAAUUUUGUCAAAUUUGAACUCCAGUCCGAAGUCGAGUCCCAGCACGUGGGCCACAGCGCACUGACGGCCCGGGGCUCCGUGCUUCUGGGAGAGCUGAAGGCGGAGCUCACUGGCAGCCACGAGGCCCAUUUAAAUGGGAGGGUUACCGGAACCUUGAAAAAUUCUCUGUCCCUUUUAGCGCAGCCAUUUGAGAUCGGUGCCGAAGUGAAUAACGAAGGGAACGUGAAGGUGAGUUUUCCGUUGAAACUGACUGGAAAGAUCGAUUUCCUCAACAACUACGCUCUGGUCCUGAGCUGUGACGUCCAGCAAGUCAGCUGGCAAUCCGGUGCCCGCUUCAAUCAGUACAGAUACAGCCAGAAUUUCUCUGCGGGCAACAAUGAGAGGAGCGUGGAGGCUCACGUGAGCAUCAAUGGGGAAGCCAACCUGGAUUUCUUAAACAUCCCGCUCACGAUCCCCGAAAUGACUCUGCCUUACUCCAGGAUCACGACUCCCCAGGUGACGGACUUCUCCCUGUGGGAAAGAACAGGCUUGAAGGACUUUCUGCAGACCACGAAGCAAUCCUUUGAUCUGAGCGUCAAUGCUCAGUAUAAGAAGAACCGAGACACGCAUGCCGUGCCGUUCCCCGUCGGAGCUUUCUAUGACGCCCUCUAUCGAAACAUCGAGGCUUUCAAGCAGCACUUCGAGAAAGGCAGAGACAAGGCAUUCGGGUUCCUCACAAAGUCAUACAACGAGGCAAAAGUCCAGUUCGAGAAAUACAAAGUAGAAACCCCUCUGGACAAGCUCCCUCGCGCUCUGAGGGUUCCAGGGUACUUCCUCCCAGGGCUCAACAUCGUCGUCUCUCCGUUCACAGCAGACAUGCCAGCAUUUGGCUACACGAUUCCCAGGGAGAUCAGUAGCCCUGGCUUCGCCCUCCCCGGCACCGGCUUCUCCUUGCCAUCUUACACCUUCGUCGUGCCAUCCCUCGAGUUCCCUGUCCUUCAUGUGCCCAGGAGCCUGCGGAAGCUCACCCUCCCCGACUUCAGGAUUCGGAGCACAUCUGACCACCUUCUGAUCCCGGCCAUGGGCAACUUCACUUACGAUUUCUCCUUUAAGUCGAGUGUCAUCACCCUGAACACAAACAUGGGGCUUUACAAUCAGUCAGAUGUUGUGGCUCAUUUCCGGUCUUCUUCUUCCUCGGUCAUUGAGGCUUUACAGUACAAGUUGGAUGGCACGACGAGUCUGACCAGGAAAAGAGGCCUGAAGCUAGCCAUGGCUCUAUCCCUGACUAACAGAUUUGUGGAGGGGAAGCACGACAGCACCAUCAGUCUGACCAAGAGGAACAUGGAAGCAUCUGUGAGCACCACCGCCAGAGUGCAGUGCCCAGCUUUGAAAGCCAGUCUCCGGCAGGAGCUCACAGGAACCAUGAAGCCCAAGCCCACCGUCUCUUCAGCCGUCAACCUCAAGUACGACGUUCAGUGCGCCCGGUUGCACAGCAGUGCCAAAGGGGCCAUUGACCACAAGCUUGCCUUGGAAAGCUUCACGUCGGAAAGUUUCACCCCUUACUUGUCCAUUGAGACGGCCACCCAAAGUAGCAUCAGUGGCUCAGUCCUCUCCCAAAAGUAUUCUGGGACCGCCUCCAGCGAGGCCAACUCCUACCUGGACACAAAGAGCACCCGCUCUUCCCUGAAGCUAGAAGGGACCUCCAAACUGGAUGGCAUCUGGAACGUAGAGAUGAAGGAAAACUUGGCAGGGGAGGCUUCUGUUGGGCACAUCUACACUCUCUGGGAGCACAAGGGAGAAAACUCUUUCCAGCUGAGGGGAGGGUUUUCAACAAGCGGGGAGCAGAGCAGCAAAGUGACCCUAGAGCUUGCCCCUUGGAGCGCCUCCACUGUGAUUCAGGUCCACGCCAGGCAGCCCAGCUCCCUCUUUGAGAAGGCCUCUGUCAGCCAGGUGGUGAGCCUGACUGCCAGCUUCACGGAACAAAAAGCCAGCUGGAAGGGGGAGGGCCACGUUCAGGCCGUGUCCCUCGGGCACAAGGCGCAGCUGUCUAAUGACCCGGCGGAGAUCCGGCUGGACGCAGCCAGCUCUUUAGAAGGCCCCGUGUCCUUCCUCGAUGACGUCCUCCUGCCAGUUUACGACAUCAGUCUCUGGGACUUUCUCAAGAUGGACGUCACCAACUACACCAACCAACAAUCCCUGCAGUUGUCCAGCUCUCUGGUUUAUACCAAGAGCCUCGGCGGCCAUCGCUUCUUCAUCCCUGUGAAAGAAGCGGCCCACGAGCUGCUCAUCCCGAGGCCGGAGCCGAGGUCCCUGCUCGCACUGUACGAUGGCCGGGCUCCGUCCCCCCUCCCGGAGAGGGACUUCCUGAGCCUGGCCAAGAAGGCGAGCUUCGGGCCCUUUGCCAUCCGUUUACCGUUACUGCCCGAGGUCCGAUUCCCCCCCGUGGAGGUGACCACAGAAUAUUCUCCCCCCACAGAGUCCAGCCCGCCCCUGCUGGGGGUGACGGUGCCCGAGUUCCGGGUGACCCUGUCUCCAUUCACUCUUCCUAAAAGACUUCCCUUUGCUGGGGCCACUCUGGAUCUGAAUGAGGCGGCCAACAGGAUCGCAGACUUUGACCUGCCCACCAUCGCCAUGUCUGAGCAGAGCAUUCGGGUCCCGGCUCUGACCUUCUGGCUUCCCGCUGGCAUCUCCGUGCCCUCCUUCGGAGCGCUGGCCGGGGACUUGCGAGUGGCAUCGCCCGUCUACAACGCCACCUGGAGUGCCCGACUAAGGAAGGGGGAGAACCAGCUGGAGGCCACGCUGGAGGCCACCUGCAGCUCCACCGUGCAGCCCCUCGAGUACGACCUCCGUGGGGCCAAGCGUGCUCCCAGGCGACGCCCCCCGGAAUUCGGGAAGGCCCGUGGCGGCAGUCACGGCCAGGCAGCCUUGGGAGGGUCCCUGCAGGAGUGGGACUGUGGGCCGGAGGUUGGCGGCUGGCCGGAGCCGUGCCUGGCCGCAACGAAACGACAAGAAUCUCCUUUUUCGUGA